GAUAAGCUAUAUGCACAGACUGCCUUUAUUCCUCCAGAAGAUGAUAACGAUUCUUUAGAUAAAGCAGAAGAAUUCGAAAUAGUCUUAGCUACUACUAAGAAAAAAACUACACCUAUUCAUUCAUCCGUACAUUCACCCGCACAUUCUCCUGCACAUUUAUAUAUAUCCAACACACAACAGGAAGAUUCGCAACAAUCUGCACCUACUCAUUAUAAUUCGAAUAUUCUCUUCUCAUCACAAACCAUCCCGCAACAAAAUCCUUCUUCUGAAGAUGCUGGCCAUCAUGAUGAAUCAUAA